AUGGACGAUGAGGGGAACCGGUCAAGGAGCCGCCUCGAUGAGGAUGCCCGUCCUACCACCGCACGCCGUAUAGACGAUCAUAACGACGACGACGAUAGCUUGCGCAUCGACGAACCAAGCCCAGAAGACCAGAAAUCUCGAGAGAAACCCGAGCUUCCUGAAGAUAGAGAGGCCAGCAACACCACGCCCACCCCUGAUCAGUCCCAGCGAACUCCCACAAAGAGCCGGCAAGACCAUCAUGAUACCACAGAACCCGACCGCAAACCCUCUCCCAACCCCGUAAACGAACCCCACACCGCAAACGAUUCCAUGUUGCCUCCCCCGCGGCCUCAGACGAACGUCGUCCUCGACAGCAGCUUCGUCGAUGGGCCCAACUAUGACGACUCUCGCCAUGGCGACUCCCUUGCCGAAUCUGCCGUCCGCGCUCACCUGCAGGAUGUCGAGUCCAGCUUCGUCUCCCGUCUAUCGCCUAUACCCACCAUAACUCACGAGGGCGCAGACGAUACCUACCUGUUUGACGGCGCCGCUUCGUCAAAAUCUCCCGCCCCGAGACAACCCCCUGCGAGUCCUAGUCCUAGCCCGAGACCUGACAAUGCGCAAGCUGCCGACAAGUCUGGGCUCGGAGACUAUUCCGAUCUCAGGCCGCAAGACUCGGCGUCUGUCGACAUCUCCAAUACCACGUCCUCCCUCGAGCAAAUGUCAUCGUCCCCCGCCGCUGCCGCCGCUGCACGCACAAUCUCCCGCGCACUCUCUAGCGCGAGCAAUAGGACAGAUAAGCAGUGGUUGGAUCCUCCCCCCGCUGAAGAGACGGAUGAGGAGUGGUCGCUCUCUCGCGCAGAGUCUGCCGCCGAAUCCGCCUCGGCAACCCUCCACAGCAAGUUAUCCGAUGGCAGCCUGCAAGGCGGCUCUGUAGAUGCCGGCAGCACCCCCGGACACGCCUUACGCUACGGCAAGCGGCCUAAGUACCUGCGAAGCCGAGGCGCCAGCCAGCGCUCGUCCGUCUCCUCCUUCGUUACGAACCCCGAUUCUCACGACGACUUUGAAAGCGAAAACACCGCCAACUUGGGCGCUGACUUUGCCCUCCAGACCGGUGGCGCUGCCACCACCACGAGCUUGCCCCGAAGCCUCAGUAGCAUUCUGUCACGGUCGGUGAGCAUGGGCAGCAUGGUCUCAGGGCUCGACGACCCUGAGUCGUUGCCCAGCCAGCUCGAGACACUUGAGGAGGUCGAGGCCGGCUUUUCCCCCCACCAGACGCACAGAAACGAAGACCUCCUCGCGACCCCGAAACCUUCCAAAGAGAACCUCACCGCGCCUACCGAUACCGUCAUCGCUCGCCAUGUCAGGAAUGUCCAGGUGCCCGAGUCCCUGGCAAAGGAGUACAGGACAAAGAGUGGCUUCGUUACGCCUCGCAAGCCCUCCGAGGUGCCGCUCGGCGCUUCGACGCGCUCCGGUAAGAACCUGACGUUGAAAGAGCAGAGCAGCACGAUUGAGCGCCUAUCUAAGGAGAACUUUGAUCUCAAGCUCAAGGUCAUGUUCUUGAGCGACCGCCUUGAUAAACUAUCCGAAGAGGGUGUUAAGGAGAUGAUCUCGGAGAACGUGGAGCUCAAGACGAGCCUCGCCGUCAUCCAGCGCGACAACAAGGCCCUGCGCAAGAGGGUCAAGGAGUUGGAGAAGCAGCUCAAGGACGACCUGGACCGUCCCGGGACCGCGAGAAGCGGCGAUUCCUCCAACGACUCGUCCGACCAAGACGCACAGGAUCGCGAGGAGGAGAUCAUGUACCUGCGAGAGCGCAUGGAGGAGUACGUUACCGAGAUCGAGAGGCUGCGCAACGAGAGCAUGUCCAAGGAGGCCGACAAGCGCAAGCUGGCCGAGGUGGUUAAGUCUCUGGGCGAGAGAUCGGGCGGCAACCUGGGCAGUCAGGAGGAGGCAGACGUAUGGAAGGACCUCCUAGAGCAAGAGACGGCCCGUCGUGAGCAGUCUGACGAGGACAACCGCAAGCUGCGCGACGAAAUCUUUAAGCUCAAACAGGAGAUGAGCAGCGGACACGGCGGCAUGCAUCACACGACCAAUAUUUACAACAUCACUAAGAAGCACAGACAAACAUCGCCCAGUCGCCCGGUCUCUGGACUUUCGGGUGAUCUCGAGACGAAUGGCGGCUUCAGCGCCGCGAGCACAUUAGUAGAUGAGCUACGACGGGAGAGCGAGCAGUUGCGACACGAGAAUGCCGAGCUAAGACGCGAAGUUGGUGCGCAAACAUCCAUGCUGACUUCGAGGAACCGCGAGAAGGAGCGGUUGUACCAGGAGAUUGAGGAUCUCAAGAUGGCGCAACGACGUGGCGGACCUGCACCGUCAACCAUUGACUCCCUCCUGGAGCGUUCUGCGUCCCGGGCCGGUGCGCACCACAGGUCCAUGUCGCGAGUGAGCGCCAGCAGGACGCAAAUGACCGAGAUCGACGAGCUGGAGCGUGAAGAGCUCGAGACCAAGCUGGCCGAUUCGCGAGACAAGAUCAACGAAGUCAAGCUGCAGAACCAGGAACUCCAGCGCGAACUCGAAGGUUGCAUGGCGGACUUCGAGACUGCCAUCGAGGGCAAGCGACAAGCUGAAGAGAUUGCCGUCGCCCUCCAGGAAGAUCUCGAUAACGCUAUGAACGACCUCGUGGCGCUGCAGGCAGAAAGGGAUGAAGCGCUCAGGGAGCAGGCCGACAUGGAAGCAGAGUUCGAGUCACUACGAAAGGAGGCCCAGGAGGAGAUCGACGCCCUCGAGGGCGAGGCCGAUCAAAACACCAACGAAAUAGAGAGGCUCAAGCUUGAGCUGAACGACAGAACAGAGAACUUUGACGCAUUACAGGAGGAGAUGCGCAAGAUGAGCGAGGCGCUGGUCCGCCUUGAGGACGACCAGACUGCCAAGGUCCGGAGGAUACAACAGUUGGAGCAAGAGCUCGCCGACGCUAACAAAGAAUCGGAGGAGCUCGAGGCCAAGCUGCUUGAGUCCAACGACAAGUCACAACGGCUCAGUGUGCAACAGGAGUCGAGCCAGGGCGAGAUUGCGUUCCUGCGCGAGGAGCAAGAGGGCGACAAAAUCCGCAUCGGCGACCUCGAGGCGGCGCUCGCCAACACGGAGCAGAGCCUGCGUGACGAGCGCGACAGGAUUAGGGAGCUCGAACAGCGCCUCGCCACCGAGCGUCGGCAGCGUGAGAUUGUGGCCAACAAGGAGAAGGAAGAGGUGCAGCAGUUCGUCAACGAUCUCAACCGCGAGAUGUCGGCGGCCAAGGACGAAGCCAGGAGGUUACGUAAGAGUCUUACAUCCCGCGAAGUCGAGGCCACCGAGUGGAAGGAGCGGCUCAUGGAGCUGGAGAACAAUCUCAGGGAGGCACUGGGCGAUCUUAACGGCACUCGCUCCAGUCUUCUCAAGUCGAUUGCCAAGCUUCAAAGAGAGCUCGAGAAUACGGUCCGCGAGCUCGACACGACAAAGGCAUCACUGGUCGAGAAGGAUCGUAUCAUUAAGCAGCGCGAUGCUCUGCUCGAAUCCCACGGCUUGGAGUCACGCAAGCUGGCGGUCGAACUGGAGAAGGAGAUCCAGGCCCACCGCACGACAAAGAACCAGUUUGAGACGUUCCAAAAGACACAUCAACACGUUUCGAGGACUGUCAGCACACAAGACCUACGCAUUUCCGAGCUCGAGUCCUCGCGCACAAUGGACAAGAAGAAGAUUGCUCACCUCGAGUCAACGUUCAAGGACCAGCUCACGGAGCGCAACAACCUGUUGUUGGUGCUGUGGACGAGACUAUCGGCCCUCUGCGGCACCGACUGGGCACACGAUAACAGCCUCAUCAACGGCCGCGCGCUGCCCUCGCUUGAGGCCGUCGCCACGAUGCUCCCUGGCUUCAGCAAGAACUUGUUGGCGGCAGUGAAGACCAUCGAAACCAUGAUGGGCAGCUUCUCCUCCCGCGUGAAGAGCGUUGAGAGGGACCUGUGGCGCGAAUACCAGAGCCUUGAGAGCAACCUCGAGGCACGCACAAAGAAGUUGGAGCGGCUCGAAACCCUCGUGCGGAACAGCGCCGCGUCUGGCUCCCUAGGGGCUUACGAGCAAGCGAGAAUGGCGCGGUUGGAGGACGCUUACCGCCAGCUCAAGGUGGAAAAUGCGACGCUGCGAACAGCUCAAGAUGUUAGAAGCAGAGCCGCGUACUCGGCGACGAACGACCCCAGCGCCGCCAUUCCGGAGCCUGGCAGCGGCAGCCCUUCGCCCUCCGUGCCCACCGGUCCCCGCGAACGCGAGAGAAAACCCCGAAAGGCCGAGCGGACUUCACCCAUGGCGCGCAGCGCAUCCUCCCACACUAUGACAACCCCCGGGUCAGCCAACCACAACCCCUUCGAAGCAUCUCUAGCGGAGCGGGAAACCACGGAUAACCGAUGGAUCUUUAAGCUGCGCGACCUCGAAAAUAAGCUCAAAGCAGAGCGCGAGGGCAGAUCGCAGGACCGUACGGCGGCGAGACAAAGGCUAGGGGGACUCGAAUCAGAGAACCGCGCAUUGCAGAGCGAAGUGGCGCGCAUACGCAGGGCGAACGGAGCCAUGGAGUGA